AUGUCUCUGUUCACCUCGACACCGCGCAUCCUCUUCCUAGCCACCGCCCUACGCCUAGUUCUCCUGGUGUAUGGUGGCUGGCAGGACGCGCACUCAGCCGUCAAAUACACUGACAUCGACUACAUGGUCUUCACCGACGCGGCUCGCUACGUGUCCAAGGGCCAACCGCCCUAUGCGCGCGACACGUAUCGCUACACGCCCCUGCUGGCGUGGAUGCUUCUCCCAACUGCGUGGGAGGCUCCUCCGCCGUGGUCUGCGCUGACAUUUGCCUUCGGCAAGAUCCUUUUCGCGGUGUCGGAUGUUCUUGCCGGGUGGCUGGCUGUGCAACUGCUUGUUAAAUGUUAUCGCUUUCCCGCUGAGCGCGCCCUGCGAUAUGUCUCUGCGGUCUGGUUGCUGAAUCCUAUGGUUGCGAAUAUCAGUACUCGUGGCAGUGCGGAGGGCCUGCUUGGGGUUUUGGUUGCGGCGCUGCUGUGGGCAUCUCUUACUCGUAGGGCAAUCCUGGCAGGUGUUAUUUUGGGCCUUGCCGUGCACUUCAAGAUCUACCCUUUCAUCUAUGGCGUCUCUAUUCUCUGGUGGUGGGAUGCCGAGCGCGAUGGCGUCCCCUCGAUAGCAGCAGAGUCGACUUUGCUCCAGCGUGCUGUGGCGUUUGUGACCCCGUCCCGCAUAAAGCUGACCUUCUUCGCGCUGGCGACAUUCGUCGCCCUCAAUAUCGCCAUGUAUGCACUGUAUGGCAUGCCGUUCCUGCACCACACGUUCUUCCACCACCUCACACGCAUCGACCACCGCCACAAUUUCUCCCCGUAUAGCACGUUGCUGUACCUCUCUGCGGCCGGCGGCGCGGAUUCGCACUUUGAGACUCUGGCUUUCUUGCCUCAGAUUAUCCUCGCUGUCGUUGCUUUGCCGCUUGUUCUCGCAAAGAAGAGCCUUGCUGGCGCUAUGCUUGCUCAAACGUUUGCUUUUGUUACUUUCAACAAAGUGUGUACGAGCCAAUAUUUCCUCUGGUACUUGAUCCUCCUGCCCUUCUACCUCCCCUCUUCAUCCUUGGUGCGCAGGCCAGCCCUGGGCCUCUCGGCUGCCUUUUUCUGGGUUAUUGCACAGGCCCUCUGGCUCCACCAGGGAUACAAUCUCGAGUUCCUUGGCCGCUCGUCUUUUGUGCCGGGUCUAUUUCUUGCGGCACUCUUUUUCUUCGCCGUCAAUGUGUGGAUUCUGGGCAUUAUCGUCCAGGAUGUGGGCGUAUUUGGGGACGAGAUUGAGCAUGACACAAAGACUUUCCAGUCUAAGCACAAAUGA